UCUUUCUUUAUCUCUCUCAUCAUCAUCUUCUCUUCAACAAGUUGUCUCUCCAUCUCUCUGUUUAGUAGCUCUCUCCUAAAUCUCACCUUUGGAUGAAACAAUCUCCCUUUUUUUGGUUAUAUUUUAAUUGUUUAUUGUUUAAUGUUCCUUAAUCACUUGUCAUCUUCAUCACCAAGACAAUCAUCACCGUUAAUUGGAUUUGAUACUCAACCGAAUCAAAUAUUGUGAUAGUCGUUGCCUUACAUGUGCUCAUCAGAGAAACACAACAAAAAGAGUCUCAGUUUUCAGCUCACUUUUCCUUUCUAAUUACGAGACUACACAUUUUCCUCUCUCAUCACCAGCUAAUUGACCCAACAAACGAUGGGAUUCACGGCUUACCAAACAUUCUUGGCGGUGGUAAUGGUCACCACGGGCUCUCUCAACACUCUAGCAACCAAAUGGGCCGAUCGCAGUCACUCAGCGGGACGUGAUGGAGUCGAGCGUGAAUUCAAUCAUCCUUAUGUUCAAGCAUUGGGAAUGUUUUUAGGUGAACUCAGUUGUCUUCUGGGUUUCAGAAUACUUUACAUGUACUACAUGAGGAAAGAUUACACCGAAGACCAACUACCGCCUUCCAUUUCUGGUAACAGAGAUUUCAAGAGAUCCGUUUUCGCUUUACCCGCUCUCUGUGAUCUACUGGCCACUUCAACGAUGUACGUUGGUCUCAACUUAACUUAUGCCUCGAGUUUCCAAAUGUUACGAGGAUCUCUAAUCAUUUUCACUGCCAUCAUGUCCGUCGUCUUCCUUAAACGUAAGCUAAAGGCCUACGAAUAUACUGGAAUUGGUUUCGUUAUUGUUGGGCUAACUAUCGUUGGAGUUUCAGAUAUGAUCUCAUCCAAUUCAGCUUCAAAGGACACAAAUAAUAUCAUAAUUGGAGAUGUGCUAAUCAUCUUGGCUCAAAUCGUUACAGCAGCUCAAAUGGUCUUGGAGGAAAAGUUUGUCAAUUCUCAAAGAGUUUCGCCUCUUCAAGUCGUCGGCUGGGAAGGUUUCUUCGGGUUUGUCACCAUGGCGAUUCUUUUGGUGCCAAUGUAUUUUAUCAAAGUUGGAAAUGGUGUUUUCAAUAAUCCAAAUGGUCAAAUCGAAGAUGCAAUUGACGCUUGGUAUCAAAUCAAAAACAAUUGGCAAGUCGCUUGUGGGUUUUCAGGAACAAUUAUUUCGAUCGCUUUCUUCAAUUUCGCCGGAGUUUCUGUGACCAAACAAAUCUCAGCGACAACUCGAACUGUUUUAGAUUCGAUUCGUACGAUUGUUAUUAAAAUCGUUGGAGUUGCUCUGAGCUGGGAAAAAGUCGAUGGGAUUCAAUUGGGUGGAUUCUCCUUACUGUUGAUCGGCAUGUUUUUGUACAACGACGUGUUGAUCCGUCCAACUUAUCUCAAGUGGUCAAGGCAACGAAAUCGAUCUGAUUAUGUCAACGAUAAAGACACAGCCGAAGGAUACAACGAACCCAUUAUGCAGUGAUGAUAAUCAAUUGAUGUGUUAGUCAAUUAACUUGAGAAAAGAUGAAAACCUUCACAUGAUUUAAUCAUGAUCAUGAUUCUAAUAAUAACGAUACCCUUGAAAUUGAAAGUGAAUGUUAGUUGACAAUUAAUGUCACUUCAUCUUCCUUUGAAAUGAUCAACAACAAUUAGUAGGACAUAGACACUUUAAAAUUCAUUUAUUUUUUGCUUUGUUAAUUCUCAUUCAUAGAAUCAGUUAAUUGUUUGCUAAUUUAAUCAAUCUUUUUAACAAUAUUUACAUUACCAAUUAUGAUUAUUAAUGAAAAUUAUGUGAUAUUUACACAAUCAGGAUUCCAAAAAAGAGACAAUUAAGACUAAUACAUUACCGAUCAUCACAUUCUAUUGAAUUAAUUGUUACUACGUGAGUGGACUUAGAUUCUAAUCAAGUCAAUUGAUUCUCUUUCUGGUUCCGCAUUUGGUUUAACUUUUUCCCUUUUCAUUUCGUUUAUCAUUCCUUUCCUUCCUUAAUUGUAAUUAACAAUUUAAGGUGAUUUAUUACGAUAUCGUUUAUAAUUAAUUUAAUUACCGUAUUGUGUAAUAAGGUGUGUGAGUGAUUGUGUUUGUCUCUUCAAUCAAUUUUGAUAACAUUAACUACUAAUAUAAAUAUUCAAUAAAAAGAGAAAUAAUUAUGAUUUUUUAUCAAUCAA